CCACAGAUGCGCUUCCUGCUGCUGUUCAGCCGGCAGGGGAAGCUGCGACUGCAGAAGUGGUUCACUCCGGUGACUGAGAGAGAGAAGAAGAAGGUGAUCAGGGAAAUGACUCUGAUGGUGCUGGCUCGCCCUCCUCGCUCCUCUAACUUCCUCCACUGGAGGGACCUCAAGAUUGUUUACAAGAGGUAUGCCAGCCUCUACUUCUGCUGUGGUUUGGAGGACCAGGACAAUGAACUGUUGACCUUGGAGGUGCUGCACCGAUAUGUCGAGCUGCUGGACAAAUACUUUGGCAACGUGUGUGAGCUGGACAUCAUCUUUAACUUUGAGAAGGCCUACUUCAUCCUUGAUGAGUUCCUGAUGGGAGGAGAGAUCCUGGAGACCUCCAAGACAGCUGUGGGCAUCGCUAUGGAGGAGGCAGAGACACUACAAGAGACAAUGGAGGAGUAUAUGAGUAAACCGACCUACUGA